AUGCGGUCGCUCGCUAUUUACGCUCUCUUGGCCUCGGCCGCCACACUCGUCACUGCUGGACCACUUAAUGCUCAAAAGGCGGCCGAGGGGCCAUCCGAUCUGGACCGACUAGAUCAACUAAUCCGAAGCUAUCAGCAAGGCGGCAACAAUCGCGCACAACAACCUGGCGGACAGCAACCGGGCGGACAGCAACCUGGUGGACAGCAACCGGGCGGACAGCAACCGGGCGGACAGCAACCGGGCGGACAGCAACCGGGCGGACAGCAACCGGGCGGACAGCAACCGGGCGGACAGCAACCGGGCGGACAGCAACCUGGCGCAGGGCAACCUGGAGCAGAUCAACCUGCACUGCUCCCAAUCGACGGAUCCAACACGACAAUUACUCAGAUCGUCACUCCUACAGUCAGAAAGCCUGGGGCAACCCAAUCGCCAGUCCCACCCGUCUCGCAGACUUCUUCUGGCGCAGCUUUGCCCGUUUCUUCGCCACAGGGAACCACGUCUUCUAUCCCCAAUGUUCCUGAUCGUGAAUCUACUUCGGUGCCCAUAACAUCGAGUGCUCCCGUCAUUGCUCCCCCGCCUCCUGCUCCUGCGCCGCCGCCUCCUGCUCCUGUGCCGCCUCCUUCCAAUGCAUCAAUUUCAAAAUGUGAAAGCUUCCAAGUGUCGUUUGUUACCAUCACAUCAUUGCAGCCAGCAGAGACGGUCACCGAAAGAGAAAAAGCCUCGACGGUCACGGUCACGGCCGGCGCCAGCCCGGGCAAUGAUGGCACUGCUGCACCUCACUCUACCGUCACCGUGACUGUCACGGUUCCGGCAGCUGGCGAUGCUAAAGCCCCUCCUGCGAGCCAUGUCGUGCCGCCGCAUAGUGCGCCCAGUGUGAUCGAAGCCACGCCAAACAAGGACGGAAACGGAGUCGGUGUCUCCGUCAUCUCCAUAUACAGUCCCGGCCUCCCUUCAAUAACCGCUCACCCGGCACCGGCACCGUCCUCGUCUCUUCCUCCUCCACCACCUCCGCCACCUGCUGCUGAAGUCGGCAAGAAGCCAGAAACUACAUCAACUGCACUACCGCCGCCGCCGCCGCCGCCACCAUCACCUCCCCCAGCGUCUACAAGUGUCCCAACGUCGACGACAGCCAGCAGCUCUUCGUCAACACUCGUAGAAUCGUCUGCGUCUGCGCCAGCGUCCACCAGCUCGUCAACAGGUACCACUCCGGAUACAUCUGCGCCGCUCGAAUCGGCCGUCCAGGGAAAACCGACCGUGAUUGCGCCCACAAGCACGACCACCGCGGCUCCGCCAGUGGCGACGGUCCCCCCGCCGCCGCUGUCGAUUGAUUUGUCUGGAGUCACGCUGAGCAGCCUGCUGGAUCUAGGCAACUUGAUGGUUGUCGCCACGGCCGGACCUGACGCGGCGGCUGUCUAG